AUGGCGAACUUACAUCUCUAUUCCUACCAAAGCCAAGUCCGCUCUCGUAUAACCGUUUGCAAACGCCUCAAGCUCAAAUGUGACCGCCGUACGCCUUGCGGAUCGUGCACAAAGCGCGAUACUGUGGCACGAUGUGUCUACUCAGCUGCAGCCACUGAAAAAGUCGACUUGCAUUCACUCAAUAACCGCCUUAUACAAGUCGAAUCUCAGAUUGCGCAGAUG